AUGGCUGACCAUAAAGAAGUGAUGACUGGUAUAAAGUGCUAUCCUAAUGUCAAUUAUCCAGUAUUAACCCCUAAUAUAAAAGGUUUUGAAGCUGCUGUGAAUGCUGGGGCCAAAGAAGUGGCCAUAUUUGGGGCUGCGUCUGAAGCUUUCAGUUGGAAGAAUAUCAACUGCUCUAUUGUUGACAGUUUACAACGAUUUGAAGAAGUUAUGAAGUCUGCCAAUAAAACAAACAUACCAGUUAGAGG